GUCGCGCACACGGCUCAUUUUGUGCUCGCCUCUACGAGAAUCGGUGGCUGGUCAGACCGUUCGGUACGUUCCCACGACGAAGAUCGUAGACCAACGACGGCCAUGUUGGUAUCACGGCUCGGAUGGAUCUUCCUGUGUUGUUUAGUGAUCGUCACCUGUUGCACGGGUACCAUCAAUGAUCCCAAGCCCAAGAAGAAGCUGAAGAUCCUCGGUGUUUUCGGGCAUCUGGGCAAGAGCCAUUUCGAUGUUUUCAAGCCGUUGCUCGAGGAACUGGCGCGACGUGGUCAUGACCUGACGGUGGUCUCGUAUUUUCCGCGAACCGAGAAAGCGAUCGCGACGGAACCAUUACCGAAUUACAAGGACAUCAACUUGAAGACCAAGGACGUGGAUGUGUUUGUAAACGUGGUGGACCUGCAGCGAAUCCGUGACACAUAUUUCAGAGUGUUCAUUGAACUGUACUUCCUGAACUCUAUGGCGUCUGUAGCCUGCGAGGCUGGUUUGAAUCACCCAGAUGUCAAGGAUCUCGUUAAAUCGGGGGAGCAGUUCGACGUGGUGCUCACCGAGAGCUUCAACACUCACUGCUUCUUCGCUGUGUUCCAUCGUGUCGAUGCACCUUUCAUCGAAAUAUCCACGCAUCAGCUGAUGUCCUGGACCGUUGAUGAAUUGGGCAUCUCCAAUGAGGCCAGUUAUAUACCGACAUUGUUCUCGCAUGUGCCCAGACCGAUGAACUUUUUCCAGAGAACGUGGAACGUGGUCGCGAUGAUGAUCGAAUGGACGGUAGCUAACACGCUGUUCAAGUGGAACGCUCAGUCUGUGGCGGAGAAGACCCACGGACCUGGGAUGUUCGAUCUUAAGGAGAAGAGCCGCAAUGUGACGUUGAUGUUCGUGAAUACGCAUUAUACCCUUCACGGCGCUCAACCGUUUCCACCGAACGUGAUCGAAGUUGGGGGGCUUCACAUACCGCGGAAGACGAAUCCGUUGCCUCAGGACAUCGCGAAGUUUCUGGAUGAUGCCCACGAAGGAGUUUUGUACUUCAAUCUCGGCUCGGUGGUAAAAAUGUCCACCGUGCCGGAGGAUAAAUUGACGAUUCUGUUGAAUAUGUUCGCCUCUAUACCCAGGAAAGUGAUCUGGAAGUGGGAGACCGAUGAUCUGCCCCAUAAACCUAGCAACUUGUUGGUUAAGAAAUGGUUACCUCAGUUCGACAUAAUGAACCACCCGAACGUCAAGUGUUACUUCGGUCACGGAGGUUUAUUGGGACUCUCUGAGGGUGUUCACACCGGUAUACCGAUGAUACUGAUGCCGUUGUUCGGGGACCAGUACCAAAACGCGAUGGCAGCUCGGGCCAGAGGUGUCGCCAUAGUCCUGAAAUACAGCGAACUGAACGAGCGGGACUUGAGGCACGCCGUCGACGAAAUUUUCAAUAACACCAGGUACCGCGAGAACGCUCGAAGGUUAUCAAAAGCGUACAGAGAUCGUCCCGCAACCCCAUUGGAAACGGCGGUAUGGUGGACCGAGUACAUUGGUCGCGGGAACGGUGUACCCUACGUGAGGACCGCAGGGGCGAACAUGUCCUGGUGCACACGUAAUCUCGUCGACGUCUACACUUUCCUGUUCACCGUCCUAUUAACGAUCAUCUACGUGCUCUAUCGGUUAGCCAAAUAUCUCCUACUCGUUCGUAAAAAAUCGAAGGACAUCGAUCAACGCGCGUCGACCAAGAAAAGAGAUUGACGACCUGGGCUAUUCAAAUUCUCACUGGUUCGGUUCUUCCUCGACUAGCUGAGAAUCGGUGGAAGGAAAGAAGGUCAGUGCUUCCAAUCGAAGUUUCGAACACCGGUGUAGAACUAUUGAACCAUCCUCGUGGAUCCACGCGUUCUGUUUGUCCGCGGAUACUCUUCUGAAACUAGUGUCGCGAAGGUGUGCUCGCUGGCUGCUUCGCGAAUCAUUAAGUAGAGGGUGCCCCCCCUCAGUUCCUGAAAGUUUUACGUCCAUCGUCCACGGGACUUCUUCCCGAUCCAUUCACCGAGACAGCGACCUACCGAGGGAUCAAUUUUUACUUCCGUUGGAUUUCGAUGUGGAAAGUUCCGUACAAUAGCCAAUCAGCGGUGGACUUUUUUUAUACGACUGUUCUCGUUGCGAGGAAACUCAGCCGCGACUCCUGGAGUCGAAUGGAAAGAGCGAACAGGCUGGGUAAAUUAAAUCAUCAGGGUGUCCGGGGUCGUGGCGCAUUUCUAAUCCUGAUUACAGAGGCCUCCAGAGCACGGAAGUCGGGGCUGUGGCCAAUUCUCUCGCGGAUGCUCGUCUCCCAUUCGCUUGUGUUUGGUGUGCUGGAGGUGGUUCCUGCGGAGGUAAGACGGGAUGACGGAAGGGACAGGCAACCGCGUGGAAAAAAGGAGACUCACGAGGACAGGAAUCAGGCGAGCGAACGGUUCAGCCAGAUGCUAAGAGAGAGAGAGAGAAAGAAAGGAAUACAAGCUUUACGGGAAUUACCAGGUAUUUCCCAGGUGGCCGAGUUGCCGACUGGCGUCAACCUGGCGUCUUUGCGCUCCCAACAAAGGCGAAGUGUAACAACUAUGGGUGAGACGACGCAGUUCCGUCCGUUGGUUCUGGAUGCCUUCGCAGUUGGAGGUUCUAACCAGGGCUUGAAAAUUGUUAUGAUUUCGGUUUAGGUUCUUGGACUGAUUAUGUAAACUCAUCUGAAGUCACAUAGCUCAUCGAGAGUUCUUUUGGUAUCAAUUAAAAAAAAAAGUGAACAUUGUCGAUGAAAUGAUUGUCUGUGGUCUAAACGUGUCGGUGAGUAAAUAUUGUCGGCAAAAUUCGAUGUCGAUGAACUCGUGUCGGUGAAAUGAUUGUUGAGGUGAAGGUAACCCCAACAGAAAUGGAUCGCCGUCUAGUCCCGAUGGAUUAAACGCAAGGAGUAUAUUCUUCCGCUGUUUGUUUUUGGCCUACUGUGCUCCACCCGUGUCUGCUUUCGGUCGGGUUGACGAUUUCCGUCGACGUGCCCAAGCGGCGUGAGAAUCAACGAUAACGGCUCGUAAAGAUACAGGGGUAGAGUCGAUAAACGGGUGGAAAUUCCGCGUGAACGGCGUGUCGCGACGCAGUUCUCAGCCGCCGUGAGAUAAGCCCCAACUCUCGUGCUCCUGGUCGUCGACGUCGUCUAGGAACCGCUAUCGGCGGAUCGUCUGUUGUCGAGAUGCCUUUAGCGCGACUAGCACGACUCGAUACUUGUUAUUAUCGUGGGCGAUAAUCAGCUACUCGUUUCGAGGAGGGGAUUGUUUAACGAUUCUGGUUACCGAAGGUAUUGAAAGUCAGAAAUUUUAUAAAGUCAAUGA